AUUUCUACCAAAGACAGGUGCGGAUUUGUUUGUCGGGAUUCUUCAUAAUCAACUUUUGGCGAAUUUAGUGCUAUACUCAUCUCAAAAUUGUGAAAACCUUGUUUCUGCUGUAUUUACCUAAAAUAACCUGCCUGGUAAAAUUGUUGAAAGAGAAAGUGGAAAUCAAAACAAAAACAAACUCGUCGCAAGGCCUUGCUGCACUGCUAGCGAGAAGAAAAGUAUCCAUCUAGCUACUUACUAGUGUCGUGUGCUCUGCUGAUUGUGUACACCCCAACCUCAGGAGGAGUGAACCUGUUAUUCAACUAAUUUUCUUCUUAUUUGCGACGACAUCUCGCCAGGAGAGGACAUUUUGUUGGCUGAUAGUAGAGGGAAACCUUGUUACGGAUACUCGACUACGGCCCACGUUUAGUUGCACACGGUGCAUGUGCAGUCGUGCCAUUAGCCUGCAGAAGUUGCUAGUUCGAUCGAAUAGCUUGUAUAGAGCGUCGAUAGCGGCAGCAGUUUCUUCGCAGAGACGAGCUUCAUCAGCGACGGCAGUAGCAUCAGCACCGAUGAAGUACAUUCUGGUAACCGGUGGUGUCAUCAGUGGCGUCGGCAAGGGUGUCAUUGCCAGUUCCUUCGGAACGUUGCUUCAUGCGUGCGGAAUUGGCGUCACUUCGAUUAAGAUCGAUCCGUACAUCAACAUCGAUGCAGGGACGUUUUCACCGUACGAGCAUGGUGAGGUCUACGUGCUGGACGAUGGUGGAGAGGUGGAUCUGGAUUUGGGAAACUACGAACGCUUCCUGGACAUAACGUUGCACCGGGAGAACAACAUCACCACCGGAAAGAUUUACAAACAGGUCAUCGAGAAGGAGCGCGUUGGUGACUAUCUCGGCAAAACAGUUCAAGUGGUUCCCCACAUCACCGAUGCCAUUCAGGAGUGGGUGGAGCGCGUUGCCAAAACUCCAGUGAACGAGAACGUUGAACCGCAGGUAUGUGUCGUCGAACUGGGCGGUACCAUCGGAGACAUCGAAGGUAUGCCCUUCGUUGAAGCGUUCCGACAGUUUCAGUUCCGCGUGAAGAGGGAAAAUUUCUGUGUCGCUCACGUGUCUUUGGUUCCGCUACCCAGGGCUACCGGAGAGCCGAAAACCAAACCCACACAAGCCAGCGUACGGGAACUACGAGGUCUUGGUUUGAGUCCGGAUCUGAUUGUAUGCCGUUCGGAGAAACCGAUCGGGAAUGAGGUAAAGGAUAAGAUCAGCAACUUUUGCCACGUGGCGCCCGAGCAGGUGGUGUGCAUCCACGACCUUUCGUCAAUCUAUCAUGUUCCGUUGCUGAUGGAGGAGGCUGGUGUGAUUGAGUUUUUAAAUGAGAGGCUAAAGUUGGAGAUCCCAUUGCCAACACCGGUGCGGUUUAUGCAAAGCUGGCGUGACUUGGCCGAACGAGUCGACAAUGUUUACAAGAAGGUGAACAUCGCACUGGUGGGCAAGUAUACAAAGUUGGAAGACUCUUACGCAUCGGUGUCCAAGUCGUUGCUACACGCGUCGCUUGCCGUUGGAUAUAAGUUGAAUCUGAAGUUUAUCGAGGCGUGCCAUUUGGAGAGACAAACCAAAAAGGAAACCCCACAUCUCUACUACGAGGCUUGGCAGAGUCUAACGAACAGCCACGGUGUGAUUGUCCCCGGUGGCUUUGGAUCACGAGGCAUUGAGGGAAAGAUUCGUGCUUGUCAGUGGAGUCGCGAGAACAAGAAACCCUUCCUUGGCAUCUGUCUUGGUCUGCAGGCAGCCGUUAUAGAAUUUGCCAGAAAUGUGUUGAAUCUUCAGGACGCAAAUACGACCGAAGUUGAUCAGGAUGUUGAGCAUGCACUUGUCAUUGACAUGCCGGAGCAUCAUCCGGGAUAUAUGGGUGGCACAAUGCGUUUGGGCAAACGGACAACUCUCUUCACAGAGGAGAAAAGUGUGAUAAAACAACUCUACGGCAAUGCCAGUCAGAUCGAAGAACGACAUCGCCAUCGGUACGAAGUAAAUCCAAAGUACGUCGAGCAGCUAGAGGCUAAGGGGCUUAAAUUUGUCGGCCACGAUUCGGAGAAGACCCGCAUGGAAAUUGUCGAGCUGCAAGAUCAUCCCUACUACGUCGCAACACAGUUCCAUCCGGAGUAUCUGUCGAGGCCGCUCAAGCCGUCGCCACCGUUUUUGGGUCUGGUUUUGGCAUCCGUUGGUAAGUUGGAUGCCUACUUGCAAGAGGGGAAUAAGCUGUGCAGCUCCGCACACCAAACGAGCGAAAGUUCGAGUGAUGACGAUGCGUUGUUCUCGACAAACCGUCUGCUGAAAAAGAUGAACGUUAGUGGAAAACCUAUCAAGCAGAAGCAACCCUCUUCAGAUCUUAACGGCCAAUGCAACGGGACGCAUACGGUUGAAUGCAAUGGUAAGCACGACGAAAAGUGAAUUGUAUUGUGAUGAUUGGCAUUAAAUGGCAGACAUUUUAAAUUUAUACGAGGCUGAUGCAAAUAUUAAUUUCAUUUUAUGUCCGACAUCACUCAACUAGGUCCGCUCUCCGCGGACAUGGAGGUUGACAUUACUGAUUCAGAAAUUGUUAAUAGAACUUCGUUGAUGAAAUCGGCUGCUUAAUGCAGACAGACCAAUUCUGAUCAUAGUAUCAGAUUUGUUCUGUAAACAGAGGAACUGGGAGGUCUUUUUGAAAACUUCUCGAAAAUAAAGAUGUAAUUUAUAUUUGUAUUUUAUUUUUUUGGGAGGGGAGUAAAACCGCUGCGUCCAUUAUUUUGUGGUACCCCUAUUUGCUGUUUGUAUCAUGCAAACCGACCACUAUUUAACGAGUGGACGGCUAAUUGCCUGGACACAUCUUUUCCCAGUCCGGUAUAAUAUGGUUUAUUAAGCCA